AUGGAAAGGAUGAGUGACUCUGCAGAUAAGCCCAUUGACAAUGAUGCAGAAAGGGUCUGGAGCCCCGACAUUGAGCAGUGCUUUCAGGAAGCCUUGGCUAUGUGUCCACCAUGUGGGAGGAGGAAAAUCAUCUUAUCAGGUGAAGGCAAGAUGUAUGGUAGGAAUGAAUUGAUAGCCAGAUACAUCAGACCCAUGACUGGGAAAACGAGGACCAGAAAACAGGUGUCUAGUCAUAUACAGGUUCUUGCCAGAAGAAAAUCUUGUGAUUUUCAUUCCAAGCUAAAGGAUCAGACUGCAAAGGAUAAGGCUCUGCAGCACAUGGCCGCCAUGUCGUCAGCCCAGAUCGUAUCAGCCACUGCCAUUCACAGCAAGCUGGGGCUGCCAGGGAUUCCACACCCCACCUUCCCAGGGGCGUCGGGGUUCUGGCCGGGAAUGAUACAAAUAGGACAGCCUGGAUCCUUACAAGACGUCAAGCCCUUCGUGCAGCAGGCGUACCCCAUCCAGCCAGCGGUCACAGCCCCCAUUCCAGGGUUUGAGCCUGCGUCAGCCCCAGCUCCCUUGGUACCGGCCUGGCAGGGCCGCUCCAUUGGCACAACCAAACUCCGCCUGGUGGAGUUCUCAGCUUUCCUCAAACAGCAGCAAGACCCAAACUUGGCUGAUUUAAACUGCAGUAUUCAAGAUGAUGCCGGGGCUUUUUACAGCGUGACCAGUCAGUAUGAGAGUUCUGAGAAUAUGACAGUCACCUGUUCCACCAAAGUUUGCUUCUUUGGGAAGCAAGUAGUAGAAAAAGUAGAGACGGAAUAUGCAAGGUUUGAGAAUGGCCGAUUUGUAUACCAAACAAACCGGUCCCUGAUGUGUGAAUAUAUGAUCAGUUUCAUCCACAAGCUCAAACACUUACCAGAGAAAUAUAUGAUGAACAGUGUUUUGAAAAACUUCACAGUUUUAUUGGUGGUAACAAACAGGGAUACACAAGAAACUCUCCUGUGCAUGGCCUGUGUAUUUGAAGUUUCAAAUAGUGAACAUGGAGCACAGCAUCACAUUUACAGGCUUGUAAAUGACUAG